GACGCUUUUAUAACUUUUUUUUGCAUUUUUUGAUUGGUGUAAGGCUCUGUCUUUAAGCCAGUUAAUAUAUUAAGAUAGAAAAAUGGAUGAAAUACAAACUGAUACCAAUUCACAGUCCGAAACAGCCUCGGAGUAUGCAUCCAGUGAGCGAGCAGCUGAAACUACACGAGAGGAGAAACCUGCUUCAGGCGCCAACAGCGCCGGCAUUUGCUACUGUGGCAAAGAGCGUAAUCUUAACAUAGUGGAACUAUUAUGCGCCAAUUGCAGUCGUUGGUUUCAUGAGUCUUGCAUCGGCUACCAGCUGGGCAAAUUGGUGCCUUUUAUCUCCAACUAUAUGUUUGUAUGCAAAAAUUGCUCACAAAGUGGACUUGAAAUAUUUCGCAAAAGCCAAGCCACAAUACCACAAAUGUGUGUCACUGCCAUAGCUAAUAUGCAACAAAAUGCGCUAAAGGACGGCAAAAGCAAGUUUCUAUUUAGCAAAGACAAAGAAAUCAUACCAUAUAUAGAACAAUAUUGGGAGGCCAUGACUACGAUGCCACGGCGUGUCACUCAAUCUUGGUACUCCACGGUGCAACGUUCACUGGUUAAAGAGGUUAAUAUUUUGUUUACUUACGAGGAGAAUGCGGAGACUGGCGCCAUGUUUGGUUUGGUCACGCAGGAUUUAUCUCUAAUUAAACCGAACUACGAUACCAUGGGUAAGGGCGGAUUGCUACGAACAUCCGAAGAUGGUCACGGGACAGCUUCCUCUUUGACGAAGAAUAAUCGUCAAAACAAACGAAAGCUUCCCGGUAACGAUUCUGGGCCUACAGGAAAAAAGGGUCGUCCUAGUUCUGAUAUAACGGCGAAUGUGAAGUUACCAGCACAUGGUUACCCUUUGGAGCAUCCUUUCAACAAGGAUGGGUAUCGUUACAUUUUAGCUGAACCUGAUCCGCAUGCUCCAUUCCGACAAGAGUUCGACGAAAGCUCUGAUUGGGCUGGUAAACCAAUACCAGGCUGGUUAUAUAGAACUCUAGUGCCAAACUGUGUCCUAUUGGCUUUGCAUGAUCGAGCACCGCAACUGAAAAUUUCCGAAGAUCGUUUAGCUGUUACUGGUGAGAAGGGAUACUGUAUGGUACGCGCCACACAUUCUGUUAAUCGUGGGCGUUGGUAUUUUGAGGCUGUUGUUGAAGAAAUGCCAGAGGGCGCUGCAACGCGAUUGGGCUGGGGUCAGGAGUACGGCAAUCUGCAAGCCCCUCUCGGCUAUGACAAAUUCGGUUAUUCAUGGCGGUCACGAAAAGGUACCAGAUUCCAUGAAAGCCAUGGUAAACACUACAGUGACGCUUAUGCGGAAGGUGAUGUUUUGGGUUUCUUAAUCGAUUUGCCCGAUGAAACGGACACCAACUACUUACCUAAUACCUUUAAGGACAGACCUCUUGUAAAGUUUAAGUCACAUUUAUAUUAUGAAGAUAAGGAUAAGGUGCAAGAAACACUGAAGGGCCUUAAAGUACUGCCAGGCAGUAAAAUAGAGUAUUUUAAAAACGGUAAAUCACAAGGUGUGGCUUUCACAGAUAUAUACGGUGGUUCUUAUUACCCUACCAUAUCCAUUCACAAAAGCGCCACAGUAGCUGUGAAUUUCGGACCGAAUUUCAAGCAUCCCGAAGUAUUGAACGAAUUAAAAGCUAAAGGAAUGUGCGAACGUGUCGAGGAGUUAAUAAGUGAACAGUGCCUAUCAGAUAUAAUGUACUUGACAGAGAAUGAUGGAAAGCUGCGUCUGGAUAAUUUUAAUUUCAGUAAAUUAAAGUGAAAAAUCCUUUUUGAUGUUCACUGUGAUGCAGUUAAUGAUGCUAAAUAGGUAAAGGCUAACUUAAGAAGAUUAUCCUACCUGAAGAAAGCGUACACAAAAUCAUUGGAGACUCUACAUACAGCCUAUUAGACAUAUGAGACAUCUACAAUUCAGCAAGAUUCGGAUGAAAAAAAAUAUAUCUUUUGAAUCGAAAUUUAAUAACAUACUUCUUCAUUAUG